ACCUCAGAGCCUUCUCACCGUAACUCAGGUGAACUCACAUCUCCCUUCAACAUGUCCUACAGCUGCUGCUCUGGAAACUUCUCCUCCCGCUCCCUUGGGGGCUACCUGCGCUACCCAAGCUUCUCCUGUGGCUCUUCCUACCCCAGCAACCUGGUCUACCGCACUGACCUCUGCUCUCCCAGCACCUGCCAGCUGGGCUCCUCCCUCUACAGCGGCUGUCAGGAGACCUGCUGUGAGCCCACCAGCUGCCGGACGUCCUGCGUGGUGUCCAGCCCCUGCCAGACGUCCUGCUCCCUCCCGAGGACCUCCACGUUCUACAGCCCCUGCUGGACUGCUUACCCUGGGUCUGUGGGCUUUGGGUCCAGAAGCUGCUACUCACUGGGCUAUGGAUCCCAGGGCUUCAGACCCCUGGGUUAUAGAGUCCAUUGCUUCCCUCUGCUGGCCUAUGGAUCCAGAUUCUGCCGCCCUACCUACUUUACCUCGAGGAGCUGUCAAUCCUGUUACAGGCCAACCUGUGAAUCUGGCUUCUAUACGUCAACUUGUUGAGGGUCCAGAUGCUUC